AAAACAAAAGAAAACUUGAGAAAGUAAAAAAAGUAAAAACUUCUCUCUCCCCUCGAACACACUCUACCAAUUCAAUUCCAUCUACCGUAGCAUCGUCCUCCUCGAGCCCUAAACUUUUAUAGGAUAAAGGCGCUAAUAAUACUUAGAUAACUCAAAGGGGCUUCCAUCUAGCACUCGCUUUACACAAAGCUAAAAAAAAUGGCACACUCAGGCCUCUCCACAUCCACCUCUCUUCUCUUCUCUCCUAACCCUUCACUCGGCUCCGCUCCCAAUGCCAACAAAUUUUCUUUCCCUUUCCACCCUCUCCGUUACAGCAAAUUGAGAAAGUUAGGUAGUGAUAGAAAGGCAAUCCAGACGUCUUCAGUGAAGGCUGUUUACUCUGGUGAAUUUUGGGCACCUGAGAGAAGUUUGCGGCAGGGGAUUUGGUCUAUGAGGGAAGAUUUGCAAAUCCCUUCUUCGCCCUUCUUCCCUGCCUAUGCAAAUGGAGCUCAAGGGCAAGGACCACCUCCAAUGGUGCAUGAACGGUUCCAGAGUGUUAUCAGUCAACUUUUUCAACAUAGAAUUAUACGCUGUGGUGGAGCUGUUGAUGAUGACAUGGCAAACAUUAUUGUUGCUCAACUUCUCUAUCUCGAUGCUGUUGAUCCUAACAAAGAUAUUGUUAUGUAUGUGAAUUCUCCCGGAGGAUCAGUUACAGCUGGCAUGGCAAUAUUUGACACAAUGAGGCACAUCCGACCUGAUGUCUCCACUGUCUGUGUUGGACUGGCAGCUAGUAUGGGGGCUUUUCUGCUUAGUGCCGGGACCAAAGGAAAAAGAUACAGCUUGCCGAAUUCAAGGAUAAUGAUCCAUCAGCCUCUUGGUGGAGCUCAAGGUGGGCAAUCUGACAUAGAUAUCCAGGCAAAUGAAAUGUUGCAUCACAAGGCAAACCUAAAUGGGUAUCUCGCCUACCACACUGGUCAAAGUCUUGAGAAGAUCAACCAGGAUACAGAUCGUGAUUACUUCAUGAGUGCGAAAGAAGCCAAGGACUACGGGCUUAUUGAUGGUGUUAUCUUGAAUCCUCUCAAGGCUCUCCAGCCACUGGCAGCUGCAGCAGAUCAACAAUGACCCAUCUAGCAUUUAAUGAUCAAGCAUAUUGAUAUCCAUGCGCUAGGGAAUCAUAGAACAUGUUUUGCUGUUAGUUCAGGCAGAGCCUUUUCUCCCCACACACUCUCUCUCAUAAUCUUUUAUAUCGUGGGCGCGUUUUAGUUGAACCAAAGCCUGAGAAAGUGAUUGAACGGAUAUGUGCAUCUAUUCCCUAGGAUCUUCAUCACCAUUUUUAUUCAGCAUCAUUGUUAUUGUAAAUGAAUGGUGCUGCUUUCGCUAGAGAGCUUACAGUUGAGUUCAGACCAACUUUACCUCUAGAUUCUCGCUCACGGUGCUGAGUUUGCAAGGACCAAUUUGAUGAGCAGUGUCUUGGAUGUGGAGUAGUGCUUAUUCAGCAGCGAGGCACAGCUAGUAAUCCAACAAAUUCUUUCAGUUGGUUAUUUAGUAAACUACUCCUUCCCCGAAUUAUAUAGCAAUUUUCAAGAUAGUCCUCAAAAGUUAAAUAA